AUGCGACCACGGGAUCGUUCAUCAGUGGUCCAGAAACGUAGUAAACGCAGGAAGAGCUUCGUGCAAACGCCGAGCGGGAAGAGGACCUGGCGCCCUUCCUUUCGGGCCCCCAGGGCCCCCAUAAAAGCGUGGAGGGUAGAGGCGCGAGGUGGCGGGAGCAGCGCGUGGAGGCCGCGGCGAGGCGAGGCGUCAAACUGGAGCCGCUCCGCACCUGAGCGGGCCGCGCCGGGCCGAGGAAGCCGCGGAGCCUCCUGCCUCUGCCCGGGACCUGUGCCCUCCCCGAAGGUGGACCUCAAACUCCAGCUCCGCGACCUCUGGGCCAGCCUCCAUGGCCAGGUCCCGGGCUUGCUGGACUGGGACAUGGGCAAUGAGUCCUUCCUGGCCUUCACCACGGCGCACCUGCCCCUGGCCGAGCAGAACCUUGCCAGAUACAGACUCCGAAUAGUUGAGCCACCAAAAGUGCCUGUGGAAGAAGCACCCAGCCCUGAUGAUGAUGGCCCAGCUCUUGAGCCCAACCUGUGGAUGUGGGUAAACCCCAAUAUUGUGUUUCCCCCUGGAAAGCUGGAGGUCCCAGAAUCUCCCAAGUGGGAGGAUCUGCCAAGCACGCUUCCCUCUGCUCAGCCACCCCCGAAAGAGGAAGACUUCACCAACAGCUCUGAGACCACAGCAGUGGAGUCGCUGCCUUCCUCCAGCGAGCAGUCUCCUCCUCGGAAGCGGAAGCGGAAGCGGGUGGCUUCUUCCCCCAGCACCUGGGAGCUCACAGAAGAGGAGGAGGCUGAGGACCAGGAUGACAGCUCCUCUGUGGCCCUCCCGUCCCCUUACAAAAGGGCCCCCCUCCAGAGUCGGAGGCUCCGGCAAGCCAACAGCCAGGAGGGGAGGCUCUGGUCCCGGCCCCCUCUCAAUUACUUCCACCUAAUUGCACUGGCAUUAAGAAACAGUUCCCCCUGUGGCCUCAACGUGCAACAGAUCUACAGUUUCACUCGACAACAUUUCCCCUUUUUCCGGACGGCCCCGGAAGGCUGGAAGAAUACCGUCCGCCACAACCUCUGCUUCCGAGACAGCUUUGAGAAGGUGCCAGUCAGCAUGCAGAGUGGGGUGAGCCCGCGGCCCCGCUCCUGCCUCUGGAAGCUGACUAAGGAGGGACACCGCCGCUUUACCGAGGAGGCCCGUGCCCUGGCCUCCACCCGCCUGCAAAGUAUCCAGCAGUGCAUGAGCCAACCGGAUGUGAUGCCCUUCCUCUUCGACCUUUAAUUCAAGAAGCAGGAGUCAGCUCAUCCCUUAUUAAAGUUACC